AUGAUGAGAAUAUUUGCCCAAAAUCUUCUCGGCGUCCGUUCUGCUCAUGCCCAAGAACACGCUCCAUCAACGUCGACCCACAGCGACAAACUUUACGACCGGUCCAAUCGUUACAGUGGAGUCCCAGCCAUCCCAUCGGAUAUCGGAUUUUCCGGGGGAAAAGGUGUUGGUGGAAAACAACAAAGCGGAGGAAUGUCGCAACAUAUCAUGGGUAAUCCAUUCGUUAUCCUUGGAAUGGGAUUGACCACUGUCGCUUUGUUGGGAAUGAUGAAAAAGAGCUUUAUGGGCGACAGACUCGGCGCUCAGAAAUACAUGCAGUAAGUUUUUUUGUGAUUCGUUUUUGUGUUUAGAAUUUUCUGAUGUAAUUGUACACAGUGCUCUUACAAAAGCCCAACUCUUCCCAUGAAUAUUUUUUACUAAUUUUUCUCCUUUCCAGAUACCGUAUUAUGGCCCAAUUCUUCACUGUAACCGCACUGGUCGGUGGUGUUGCCAUUUUUGGGGCAACAUACGAACCCACCAACAAGAACAUCUAA